AUUGAUUAGGCUCAAUGUUUUAUAGCGGUUUAUUUAUUUGAUGAACCUAGAUGAUCAGAUAAACAUGAGAGACAUACCAUAGACUCUUAGCAGGGAAUGUAUCAUCCAUUAUUCAAACCUUCCCUUGUAUAUUUGUAUCCUAAUUUUCAUUUUUGAAACAUUUUUCUACAUCAUUGUAGAAAUGAAUGAAGGUCAACAGGCCAUGAUUCAGAUGUUUCCUUUCAGAGACUACAAGUAUACAAGUAAGAAAUGAACACAACAUGGAGGUCGGAUGAGACAUCUUUGCACAUUUUAUAACAUUUACAUUUAGAGGACCCAAAAGUGAGUCAUGAAGUCUGAUCAUAGAUCAUAGAUCAAAGUAGUAGUAGGAUGCAGUAGUAGGAUGUUUCAGCACAAACAGCCCUAAAGUAAAGGUGAAAAAAUAUCAUCUGACUUAUAUAUAAUGGGUGCUUCCAUUAUUUUGUCCACCCCCCUGUGUACACCAUCACAGGGCCACAUUGUGUCCAGCUCAGCCGUGGUACAACGAUCCCUCCGUCAACACAUGGCAGUCAGAAUUUAUCGAGCGGUGGCCAAUCAGAGCGCUCCUUUUAGGGCGAGCCUCCGCCGCGCUCAGCCAAUCGGAGACGCGGAACAGGACCCGUGCCUCCGAGUUGUGCUGCGAUGCUGUCACGUGACGCUUGGAACAGGAAUGCCAACAUGGACCCGUGGCAAGGACGGGAUGUGAGACUGCUACGACAAUAACACGACGGAGGCAAAAAGAAAACACGAGAACAGAAGAAGCCAUCGACGGCGCUACUUUCCUCCACCGAACUACACACGGUUUUUGUGAUCACACCUCUGGAUAGUGUUUCCUCGACAUCCUCUCUCUGCGUUCGGCCUGGAUCAAUGGUGUCUCUCAGCAGCAGAACGCUGAGUUUGGAGAAUGACCUGUUCAGGGACAGCAGCAGCAGCAGCCUGUUCUCCCUCAGCCUAGGAGACGGAGCUCGCAGUGAGGGAGGCAGUUUGGCCUCCUGCGACAGCCCCGAGGGCGGGGAACUCGGGGCUACGCACACCUCCAGCCCCGGAGAGGAGGAAGAUGAGGAGGAGGAGGAGGAGGAGGAGGAAGAUGAAGACGACGGGGCGCAUCUACAUAUUUUUCUCGGAGCAGAGGAACCUGCCACUCAGGAGCUGCCAGAAUUCCCAUUCCACCCCUCUUCCCCAUUCUCCCCGACCCUGGAGGACAUCGAGGAGUUCUUGAGGGAAAAGAUGGAACUUGUCAAAGAGGGGCUGCUGACCCCAAAAGAGGAGGCCUCCCCUCUACCAUGCAGUGACUCUCCAUCGUCCACUGCCCCCCCAGCUGCUUCCUUAGAGACUUGCAGUGACCCAGGGACUAGUGCCUCCCAAUGCACUUCCAGCCCAGACACCCCUCAGAAUGAGCAAAACAGCCCCAGCCCAGCUGACCCUCCCCACUCUACCCAAGUUAACCCCUCAACACCCACCUUAACCCCGCCCGUGCUCCUGGGCGGUCCGCUGGUUCUCCAGCUCCAGCCCCUACCCCUGGCCCAGCCUCAGACCCCAGCAGGCUCCCCUCCCGGUGCUCAAAACGGCAUUUGGCUCACUCAUCUUGUCAUGGGGCUCCAGGGUGGAACAGGACAAAAUCUCACCCUGCUUGCCCCACAGAUACCCUCCACCCCCACCACCUUGUUAUCUCUAAACAAUGGUGAUACCAAGAUAGCUGACCAGAAGUAUGUGAAGAUCGCCCCACUGCCCAUCACUAUGAGGACACUAGAGAUCACAGGCGUGACUGGGGUUGGGGGCAGUGGUCUGCUGAAGGCUGUGGCCCCCCGGGUGAACAGAGUGCCGCCUACAGAGAGGGUCCAUAAGUGCUCCCACCCAGGCUGUGGGAAGAUGUACACCAAAAGCAGCCAUCUAAAGGCUCACUUCCGCCGACAUACGGGAGAGAAACCCUACACAUGUAGCUGGCCUGAGUGUGGCUGGAGGUUCUCCCGAUCUGACGAACUAUCCCGUCACCGCCGCUCUCACUCCGGCAUCAAGCCGUACGAGUGUUCGCUGUGCGAGAAGAAGUUCGCCCGCAGUGACCACUUAUCUAAACACACGAAGGUCCACCGUAGCUCCAGGCCCAGCAGGAUUAUCAGAGCCACUGUGUGACACCCUCAGCUGGCCUAAACCCCUGCCCUGCACCCGCCCACCUAGCUAUCCUGACUUUGACCAGGCAGUGGAGGGGGGAUUCCAGGACUCCCUCAGGACUUUUGGUGCUUCACAAGCAGAACUUUCAAAAGAAAUCUUGAGAGCUGGCUGCUGUCCCCUUAUAGUUUCCUCCCUUUCUCUCCUCCCUGCUGUUUAUCUUUCACUGUCCCUUCUGAGCAGCUCGUCUUACACUGAGCGAACGACCACCUCAGGAAAAAGUCAGCUGGAAGUGGAUUUCCUGGCCUUCACACACACAUGCAAGACAAAACACAUGACAGGAGACAGUCUUACAGAGGCCCCUCAAGCUACCAGGUGCUGUUGGAAGUAGGGUGGUGACCAGUAAGAGUAAUCUCCUUUCUACUUUUGGAAUCACCCUCCU